GAUAAGCACAUACGUACGAUUUGAGCGUGGAAAUCAUUUAGUGACGGAAGUUUGUUGAAAGCGCGCGCGUCUGAUAAUUACGAAAAGUGUUAUGAAAAGCCAUGAGUGGCUGGCCAUGCGAUAACGUGAUUUGUGAAGUUUUUCCAACCAAAUGUUCGAACUCCAAAUGCAAAUAGAAGAUAUCUACAUAACGACAUACUAACCUUGUUGAUAUGCAUGGCGAAGUGUCGCAGAGUGAGCGUAUGAUUUAUUGAUGUAGGCGCGCGUGUGUGUGUGUGUUUGUGCAAACAUUUUCGGCACAAAUUUUGGAAUUUACAACGACUUUAACUAUUCCCCAUUGGAUUUACUUUAAGCUGCAACAAUAACACCAGUAGCAAGGAGCAAAAACGAAAAACAUUGUAAAUAACAUGUCUCGCCGCAAACAGUUAAAACCACGGGCUUUUCUUAAAUUGGGUGAGACGGCUGAGGAUUGUGAAGAUCCUCUAUCGUUGCUGGAUCCUAAGGAGGAGCUACUUAGUGAGACUGAAAGUAUGGAGAGUGACAAGGCUGAUGGUCAAUCUUGUAAAGAUAUGAAAACUAAAGACACCCACCCAUCCCUAGUGGCGAGUCCCACUACUACUACAGCAGCAACAACAACAACAGCAGUCGUGUCAUCGGUAGACAAAAUUGUAACUACCAAUAAUAACAAUGGUCAUAUUACGGAGAACCACACGCACGGCUCUGCAGCGAAUAAAGACGAAAUGACGAAGCUAGCUAUUGAAAUUGUUGAAGAGUGUGUUGAAAAGGAGUGUAGUUCCUUGAAGGAUCAAACCAUCCAAAAAGAUGAAAAAGAAGACGUCGAUGGGGAAGACAUGGGCGAUGAAGAUGAUGAUGACCCAAAUGAGUUGGAUGAUUUGGAAGAUGAUUAUAUGGAUGAGGACUUACUGAGUCUUGACAGUUACUAUUCCGAUAUGUAUUCCACACACACUUCUUCCAGUUAUUCGCCCUCCAUAUCGGAUGGUACUCUGACCCCGAACUCCUUACAUCACCAUCAACACUUGCCAGUGCCAUCACAUUUGGCCUUUGCCGCAUCCAGUUACGACGACGACGCUCUGCUGCAGUCGCAACAGUGUCUGUCGAAAGCAAAAACCAAUGGCACCACCGACGCAGCUGACUAUGACGGGGAGGCGAACAGCGAAAAAGCUAACAAAAAUGACACAAACCCAAAUGCCGCAGAGAAUACCGUAGACAACGGUAAUACCAAACUUGCCGAAGGUGGUGAUGGCAGAGAACAAACACAACACCAAACUCAUCCGCGUCAGCACCAUCAUCAUCACCACCACCACCAUCCCGGGCAACAUCUUAAGCGUAAUGGACGUCAUCAUCGCUAUGCCGAACAUGCCUUGAGGAUUCCUUCAAAAUUACGCAAAAUUGAAAGGGACUCAGCAGAGGUGGGCAACGGCAGUGGCGCAAAUGCACUCAAGUUUGAUAAGUUGACAAGCGAUGGCAUUAAAGGCGGCAGUGCCGGUGCCGACGGAUCCUAUCAGUGUCAGUUCUGUGAUAAAUCAUUUCCGCGUCUUGGUUAUCUAAAAAAGCAUGAGCAGAGCCAUGCCGAACACUUGCCAUUCAAAUGCGACUACUGUGCCCGCCUUUUCAAGCACAAGAGAUCACGAGAUCGCCAUACCAAACUGCAUACCGGAGAUCGGCGCUAUCGCUGCCCCCACUGCGAGGCAGCAUUUUCAAGAAGCGACCAUUUGAAAAUCCACAUGAAAACUCACGACAAUCAGAAGCCAUUCCAAUGUACCAUAUGCAACCGCGGCUACAACACUGCGGCGGCUUUAACAUCGCAUAUGCAAAAUCACAAGAAACAAGCGGCGCUCCUGGCUGCAGGCGGUAAUCCCCAGGCAUUGAAUUAUAGUCCUCGUUCCACCGGAUCUGCAUCAAGUAACGGAAGUCUACAGAAGAGACGCUACGCCCUGGCCGUGGGAGGAGAUCACAGCCCUAGUCGGCUAGAAUUUGGCAAACGUGGGCGAUCCUCCUCCUCGAAUGUACUGAAGUGUACCUUCUGUUCGAAAUCGGAUUUUUCUACUGUGGAACAGUUGAACACUCACCUGCAGUGCCAGCAUGAAAAAGAGUUGGUUCAUUCGAUGACGCCGCCCUCAAACCCGGUGCCAGCCGAAGGGUCCAACUUCCAAAUGGCAUGCGAAUAUUGCACCAUGAAGUUCUCCAACAUCGCUGCCAUGUUCCAACAUAUGCGUUCGGCACAUGUGGAUCGUCUGACCAGCCCCAAUUCCUAUUUCGAGCACUUCAAUCGUCUAGCCGCAUCGGGGACUUUCAGUCCACCGCUACUCACCGGCCAGCCUCUGCGUAGCUCCACGAGUGCCGAUGACAGUAGUAUCAAAGAAGAGCAACAUCCCACAAGUCCAAAGUCAUUGGACACCAGCGCCCGCCAGAGCGAAGACGAGCCCACGGACUUGAGUCAGAAUAAUCGCCGGUCGAUUACACCCUCAACAACGCCGCAAAAAUCGCCACAUGACAAUGCACCUGCCGAAAAGCCGGGAGUGUUUCUCUGCAACCAGUGCAAUGCAGGCUUGCCCGACUUUGAAUCCUUCCGCAAUCACUUGAAGUCUCACAUUGCCCAAGGCUUGAACUUGGUGUGUCACCACUGUGGGCUAAUGCUGCGGGAACAGUCAGAGUUCGAGCGACACGUUAUCUCGCAUUUCCUUAUUACCAGCUCCGAGUAUAAUUGCUCGUCUUCGUGUCAAAAGUCCUUCGGAAAGCCGGAGGAACUGCAAAAGCACCUUAUCGACCAUCACGCCAUAACAAUGUAUAAGUGUGGUCUGUGCAGCGAGAUGUUCGAAACUAAGGUAGCCAUUCAGGUGCACUUUGCCUGCGCCCAUUCUGCCGAGACAAAGUUGUUCCGUUGCUCUGCCUGCAUGGAUGUCUUUCGGUCGGAGAAUGAUUUCAACAUCCAUGUGAAGUCCAGGCAUCAGGCGGUGAACAACAACCCCCCUCCAGUCAACUCCCUGCAGUGCAUGUUCUGUCGCACUGUGUGUUCUUCGGAUUUAGAGAUGCAGUUCCAUUUAGCCGCCCAUGCGAGACAAUUCCGUUGUCCAUCUUGCCCGGAAACAUUCCAUGUUGAAUUCCUACUGGAUCGCCACAUGCAAACCCACCACGGUGGCAUGGAGCGUCCGCCCGCCACGCCAAAGGAUACUUUUGAAGAACACUCCCCACCAGUUGUGGGCAAUGCACUGAGUCCCAUGAACUCUCUCUACGUCAAUGCACUUUUUGGCAAAGGGCCAAUAAUGCCGCUGACCGCACAAAAUAACAACAACAGUAUUUUGGAUUACAACGUGGCCUUUGCGUCGCAUCUCAACAAGGGCUUGUUUCCGAAUGCUGCCGCUGCUGCUGCCAAUAAGUUCUACAAUCCUCUGCAGAUCGAUACAAAUGCCAUGAAGCAUUCAGCAUUGAUGUAUGGACUUUCCCAGCGUUACUUCGAUACAAAUCGCACCGUAAUGGAAAUGUAUCAGCAGCAGCAGCAACAACAACAGCAACACCACCUUCAAGAAAAUACCAAAGCCGGCGGUAACUACUUCAUAAGUCCCAAACAACCCGCCAACGCGCCGCACUUAUCGGCUACGGAGAGCCAUGUUCGCAACGAGUUAAGUGCAUCACCAUCGACGGGAUUCAGUUGUGGCAUUUGUGAGCGCAACGACUUCCGCACAGAGUCUGAGGUACAUUCGCAUCGAAAGAUAGUGCACAAUCUUAAGACAGGAGUGAGCCUGAAAUGUGCCUACUGUUCGGGUAAUUUCAAGUCGCGCAGUGAACUGGAACACCACAUGAAGACAUGCCACAACUCCACCGGUAAACACAAGUGUCUGAUUUGCGAUGAAAUCUUUCCGUCGCCAGCCAUAUUGGCCGAGCAUAAGUUGCAGCACUCCAAAGUAGGGCAGUCGGGCAGAUGUUCGCACUGUUCCAAGCCGCUGUCAGAUGUGAGCGCCUUCAAAGCUCAUCUUGCUGAUCACAAUACGGAAGGCCAAAUGCCUGUCCAGUGUAUAUGUUGCCGUCAAACGUUGCAUUCGGAGUUCGAGAUUGGCCUCCAUGCAAAAUUCCAUGUGAAAGCUUCGAAUGUGUCCGAAAAUGUGUGUGCUCUAUGCUUGGAACCAAUUUCAAAUUCGCCCUCGGAAGCAAAGGUCUGUGAGAAGUGCUGUCGCAAACACAACCUCAACAACAAGUUCAAACAGCAGCGUGAGCAUUUUGAGCAGCGAACCAAUUCCGACGCCAGACAGUAUGUCGCCAACCGCUGCAAUCUAUGUAAAAUGAUUUUGCCCCAUCCACAAAAACUGCAGGAACACUUGGUCGAGCACACAUUUGCUGGAUGUGAAGAUCGUGGUUUCAACUGUUAUAUUUGUUCAUCGGUUUUCACUGCGCCCGGUGGUCUACUAAGUCAUAUGCUGGAUCAUGGCACCAACUCCAAGCCCUACGACUGUAACUUGUGCCCCGAAAAGUUCUAUUUCCGGGCUGAACUUGAUCAUCAUCUCAUCGACCAUGAUAUUAGGGAAAUUUCGCCAUUGAAAAAUGAAUGUGAGUCGGUGUCCACUCAACAAGAUCGCACCACCGCAUCCGAGACCAACAAUGCCGAGGCUGUAAGGUCCGAAAAUAUUCAACUCUUGAAUGAAGUGAAGCAGGAAAUAAUCGAAAGUGAUCAAACUAAUCAGGCGGAAGAUGAUGAAUACAUAGAAGUGGAGAAAUUGCACGACAGCAACAACCAAGUGUCGACCAACAGAGAAGAGGAUGCUGAUGAUGUCAAGAAAAGUCCUGAAAACUCUCAAGAGAACAUUGCCUCCUAAAUUGGUGGCAACAGAAGAGGUAUUACAUGCCACCCCUUUAGUAUUAUUGCAAACAAACAGAUAUGCGAAUAAAGCGACUCUGCUUGCUAAUUAUCCUCUAAGCGCACUUAAAGUAUUAUCGAUUGCAUUUUAAAUAACAGCAGUAUUCUUCUCACCCAUUAGUUUACGUACGUACAUACCAUUAAUCGCUCUCUCUCUCUCACACACACACACAUACACACACUCAUAUACAUACAAAACGUUACAAACUUGUAUUAACAUUUAACAAACCAUUUACAGAAUAGACGAUUUACACACCUAGGCACUUAUUUAUUUUUAGCCAGUAGUUACGACAGUAUUAUUGUGAUAAGAAGAAGAUGAAGAAGAAGCAUAAAAUGUCUGACAUUGUUCAGUUGCUUUGUUUUUAUUUUUCUCUUUGGGAAAAUUGUUAUAACACUUGUUUUCAUUCUCGUGUGCUCAUUUAGAAUUGUAAAUUUAUUUUGAAAAAAAAAACGAAAGAAAAAUGAAUAACUGAUAUAUUUAGUAAUUAUUUGUGGAAAACGUUUUUAUUUAAUUAUAUACAUACUUACAUGUUUAAAUAUACUAGUAAUAAUAAUACGAUUACAGCAAAAAUCAUGUGUCUACAUUUGUAUAUACAUAUGACUUAUUUGAAAAAAAAAAAAAAAAAGAACAGCUAUAGAAAUAUUUAUAAACUGACAUAAAUAGUACAUAAGUACAUACAUACAUUAAAUAACCAUCACAAACAAUGUAAUUGUAACUAAACUGCAUUCUUUCCGAUAAUAAAAUCGUAAACAAAUAAAUAU